GGGAAAAGGCCCAGUUUGCUCCUACUGAAGAGUGAAGUAGUUGCUAAAUCUCUCUGUAUUCAUUGUGUGAGGAAAAAGACAGUCUUUAGUAAUAUCACCUAAAUGUUUGAUUCUGAAAAGUUCAGCAUUGCCUGAAGUGAAUGAAGCAGUGGGAAUUGUACCAGAGAAUGGCAAACACUUAUGUUACUACAUUUGAUGGGUACUGUCUUGCUGACCCUAUGCAGUACUAUGAUAUUUUGCCAGAACAAAUUGAUUAUCAGCUGCACAACACUGAUUUUCAAGAAUCACCUCAUUGCCAGUAUUCUACAGCUCAGUUUCCUCCGGCUCUCCAAUCCCAAUCUUUACAAAGCCAUUUCAACACCUAUGGCUUGGAUCCACAGUACAGUGGUGAUGGACAGUGUGGACUUGAUUCUUGUGAAUUAAAUAAAACCACUUAUGUGGUUGCUCACAAUGUUGAAGAUGGAUACCCUGGAAUAAAAAUGUCCAAGCCAACUUGUUCUUUGCAAAUGAAGGGACAGAAAGAACUCUGUGUAGUUUGUGGUGAUAAGGCAUCAGGAUAUCAUUACAAUGCACUUACUUGUGAAGGUUGCAAAGGUUUUUUUCGACGUAGCAUUACCAAAAAUGCAGUAUAUAGUUGCAAGAAUGGUGGUCAUUGUGAAAUGGACAUGUAUAUGCGUAGAAAAUGUCAAGAGUGCAGACUGAAAAAGUGUAAAGCAGUAGGCAUGUUGGCAGAAUGUUUACUCACAGAAAUCCAACGCAAAUCAAAGAGGCUUCGAAAGAACUUUAAGCAGAAGAAUAGUUUUUACUAUAAUGUCAAAGUGGAAGAGGAAGGAGCAGACAACAAACUUGUAUCAUCCACCAGUAGAUCUGGAAAAGUGACUCAGGAGAGCAUGGAAUUAACUCAAGAGGAACAUCAGCUUAUUAAUAACAUUGUGGCUGCACAUCAAAAAUAUAUGAUUCCUUUGGAGGAAACAAAGAAAUUUCUGCAGGAAUAUACCAAUCCUGAACUGAGCUUUUUACAACUCUUAGAGAUAGCUAUCCUUCAUGUCCAUGGGAUGAUGGAGUUUACCAAGAGACUUCCAGGAUUCGAAAAGUUGACUAGUGAGGACCAGACUGCACUACAGAAGGGAUCAAAAGCUGAAGUGAUUUUUCUUCAUGUGGCCCAACUUUACAGUCAGAAAGUAUCAACCUCCAAAAGUACUAUGAGACUAUCAAAUCAUGCAGCUCAUACAUUGAAUGGUCACAAUCAGAGUGGUGAUAGAAGUGUUAUUUAUUCUAUGGACAAAUUUUGGAAUGAAGACUGUCCUUCGGCUACUUUAACUGGUAUUACUGAAGAAUUUAUUACCUCACUGUUUUACUUCUACAGAAGAAUCAGCGGACUUUAUAUAACUAAUACUGAAUAUGCUUUACUUGCAGCAAUGGCUGUGCUUUUUUCAGAUCGUCCAUGUCUUGAAAAUAAGCAACAAGUGGAGAAUUUACAAGAACCAAUUUUACAAAUUUUGUAUAAAUAUUCAAAAAUUCACCAUGCAGAAAACCCACAGCAUUUUGCUCAUCUCAUAGGGAGGCUAACUGAACUGAGAACUCUGAAUCACAACUACUCAGAAAUACUUAGCACUUGGAAAACAAAGCACCCCAAAUUUAUUAAUUUAUUUUCUGAGAAAUGGAAUGUGUACUCACAUUGCUGAAAUUUUAGAAUGUUGUGGUUUGUCUUGAUUUUUCUGUACCUAAAUUGGAUGACUAAUUUGAAAAACAUUAACAUGACAGCUAUAUUACCAAUAUAUCACCAUAAAAUGGAUAUCAUCAAUACUCAUCAAGUUUUGUGAAAUCCUUCUAUCACUACAUGGACACCUAGGAUUCUUUUCAAGAUUGGACUCAAAACAAGCAACUCUUAUUGUUUCUGCAUGGUUUCUCCAAAAGAAAAUUACUGUAAGAGUUAUCAUCUGAAGAAACUCUACUUUUUUCAUUUAGUUGAAAAUACAUAAUUUAUAGACAUCAAAAAAAGGUUAUCUAGUGAAAAAGAUUGUAAUUAAAACAAGUAAAUUUCUAUCUCAUUAAUUAAUACCAGAUUGAUGGAAUAAGGAACUAACAUUUUAAAUGUCUUUGAAAAAAGAAGUCUUUAAUAAAGUAAAUUGGAAAAUUUGUGAUGAAAGAUACUUAAAAAAUCAAAAGAACAGCUCUUUAAAAUGUUUUAAUUGGGAAAUUUAGCAUGAUUUACUUCUCAUUCUGGGAGACAACAUUUUAACAUUUUUGCUAACAUCUUUUGUAGAAACAGUGACUUUCCACAAACAUUUUAGUCUUUAUAGGUAUAGGAUGGUAAUAUGUUAAAAAUAAAGUUCACGUGAAAUACAUGAACCAAGAAACUGUGUUGGCAUAAUUGUUUCCAAAGACUGUAAAAGUAAGUGACACCUGUGACUUUAAGUAAUUAUAUGACUAGAGGUAGUAUUUUGGUUUUCAAUAAAGAAAACUAGACCACAGUUAAAAUUUUCACUAUGUAAAACUUUUUAAAACAUUGGAAUAUUGAAUUUAUAGUCUUGACUUAAAAGUGUUAAUUAUAUGUAUCAAUUAUUGCCCCUAGGGGUACUUUGUGUAUAUUCUUGGCAUCGUUUCUUGGAAGGAGUGUCUUAUCAAAAGGACAUCUAGGUGCAAUUUUUUUAAAAUGUCAAAUGAAGGAGGGAAACCGGAUCAUCAUUUCCAAUUGGAAAAUUUUAUAAUUUUAUUAGAAACUGUUGUCUAGUAACUGUAUACAAAAAGGGUUAUUAAAAAAUAUUGUUAGGGCUGCGGUUGUGGCUCCGUGGUAGAGCGCUUGCUUAGCAUGUGUGAGUCACUGGGUUCAAUCCUCAGCAACCACAUAAAAAAAUAAGGUUUUAAAAAGUAAAAAAAGAAAAUAUAUUGCUAAAGUUCUUUGGAGAAGCAUCAGAUGAUAUCUGGAGAAAGUUCUAACAAAGCCAGUAUCUUCAAAAUGUAAUGCAUUAUCUUAUUGCUCAAACCUAGGUACCAUGCUAAUGAAAUCUCUCUUAGCUAAGCCUGCAACCAGGUACUCAUGUUUGACUUGUCUCUCUUCUAUGAAGACGCCAUUCGUUUUACUUCCUAAAUACCUUUUCCAGAUGAUACCUCCUCAUGUCCACUGCCCUCGUCAGACCCCAGGUCCGCAUGUCACCCAGGCUGUUAAAACUGUCUUCCCAAACUCCUAAACCAUUCUUCACAAUGCAGAUUUUCUUCUGAAUCGGAUCAUACCACCGUUUCCAUUCAAAAUUCUUCAAAAUUGGGACUGGGGUUGUGGCCCAGCGGUAGAGCUUUUGAGACCCUGGGUUCGAUGCUCAGCACCACAUAAA